AUGAAGUACACGUUGGAGCUUCUGGCCCUUUUGGCCUCUUCAUCCCAUGCUUUUGUGCCAGGGAAUCCAAUUGAUGUCCAGUCUCACCUUAUCUCGGAUCCUCGUGAAGUCUCUGGCAAGCAGUACGACUAUAUCAUCGCCGGUGGUGGCUUGACUGGUCUCACUGUUGCAGCAGAACUCAGUGCAAACCCCAAUAUCAGCGUUCUCGUCAUCGAGAAAGGCUUUUACGAGUCCAACAAUGGCCCUAUCAUCGAGGAUGCCAACACCUACGGUCAAAUCUUCGAUACCACCGUCGAUCAACAAUUCUCUACCUCCGAACUCGCGAUCAACAACAUGACAAUGGCCAUCAAGUCUGGCAAAGGACUGGGCGGCUCAACCCUGGUCAAUGGCGCUUCCUGGACUCGUCCGGACAAAGUGCAGAUUGACUCGUGGGAGAAGGUCUUUGGUAUGGAAGGAUGGAACUGGGACAAUGUGUUUGAGGCCAUGAACAAAGUCGAGAAAGCCCGUCCCCCUACUGCAGCUCAGGUUGCCGCGGGACAUUCUUUUGAUCCCUCCUGUCAUGGCUUCAAUGGUACUAUUCACGUUGGUCCUCGUGAUGAUGGAAAGUCUUUCUCUCCCAUCAUGCGAGCCCUGAUCAACACCACUUCCGAUUCCGGUAUUCCAACCCAAAAGGAUCUUCUUUGUGGUCAUCCUCGUGGAGUUUCCAUGAUCUACAAUAAUCUUGACGAAGAUCAAGUUCGCUGUGACGCCGCUCGCGUCUGGCUUCUUCCAAACUACCAACGCAAGAACCUGAACAUUCUGACCGGUCAAAUGGUUGGAAAGGUUCUUUUUGAUGACUCAGGUCUUAAAGCCACCGGUGUCAACUUCGGCACGAACAAAGCUGUCAACUUCAAUGUUUCUGCCAAGCAUGAAGUCCUGCUAGCCGCUGGAUCAGCCAUCUCUCCCCUCAUCCUUGAGUACUCUGGUAUUGGCCUCAAGUCAGUCCUUGACAAAGCCGGCAUUGAACAGCUCCUGGAAUUGCCCGUUGGUCUCAACAUGCAAGAUCAAACGACCACGACUGUCCACUCUCGUGCCAACACAGCAGGCCAAGGACAAGCAGCUUUCUUUGCCAAUUUCACCGAAGUUUUCGGCGACAACAGCUCUCGCGCCAUUAAUCUCCUCAAUAACAAUCUUGACAAAUGGGCCGAGGAGACCGUUGCCCGUGGUGGAUUCCACAACGUGACUGCUUUGAAAAUCCAAUACUCCCUCUACCGCGACUGGCUCCUUCAAGACGACGUUGCCUUUGCAGAACUCUUCCUGGAUACCCUGGGUAACAUCAACUUUGACGUCUGGGAUCUCAUUCCUUUCACCCGCGGCUCGACUCAUGUCCUAAGCAAGGAUCCCUACCUACUUCAAUAUGCCAAUGACCCCAUGUUCUUCCUCAAUGAACUUGAUCUUCUCGGUCAAGCAGCGGCCACCAAGCUUGCUCGCGAACUGUCAUCAAAGGGUGCGAUGAAGGGGUACUUUGACGGAGAGACCGUUCCCGGAAACAAGCUGGAUCAAGAUGCAGACCUGGACCAGUGGGUGGACUAUGUGCAGCAGAACUUCAGACCCAAUUAUCAUGCCAUUGGUACUUGUUCCAUGAUGUCACGGGAGCUUGGUGGUGUUGUGGAUGCGACCGCCAAGGUGUAUGAUACGCAGGGCCUUCGAGUCAUUGAUGGCUCUAUUCCUCCCACUCAGGUUUCUGCUCAUGUCAUGUCUGUGUUCUAUGGUAUGGCAUUGAAGAUUUCCGAGUCCAUUCUGGCAGACUAUGCUCGCGCGUGA